AUGUUAAUCUUUCUGUUUAUUGUCUUAGCUUCAGCACAACGGUUCGAUGAACUCAGGCAGGUUGAUGUAAGACCGAUUGGUGCAAACUACAGAACAGAGUUUAGGCCAGCUGAAAGCCGCUAUUAUUCCGAUAGAUUCUACGACGGUGUUCAACAACGUUAUGAACCAGAAUACGCCAGACGUGUGAUUACUAACCCAGGACGGGUUGUUGUAUCUCGGCCUUCAGUCGUUGUAUCCCGACCAUCAGUAGUUGUUACGCCCCCAAAGGCUUUAGUUUCACAACCAACAGUUUUUGUGCCACCUCACAGGAGAAUGCAAAUUAUUGAGAAGCACGAACCCAGGUAUCGUGUAGAAACGAAAGUUGCAGCUCCCGUAUACAUCUUACCAAAGCAUGGACCAGUCUACUCAAGCAGCCCACGUUUGAUGCCAGGAAGACCUCAGGUGAUAGUGAAACCGCCAAAUGUAGUGGUCAGGCCAACCCCAGUUUCUGUUAAACCAGCUCCAGUUAUUUUAAGACCGCCGCCAGUAUUUGUAAGGCCACCACCAGUUGUUGUGAAACCCACACCUGUCUUAGUGAGGCCUCCACCAGUGCUUGUUAGACCAGGCCCUACCUAUGUUAACCCACCACCAGUUCACGUUAGGUCAGAGCCAGUGUAUGUGAAGCAAGCUCCAGUUGUUGUAAGGCCAGAACCUACAUUCGUAAGACCUCCACCAGUCGUUGUAAGAUCGGAACCGGUAUAUGUCAAACCUGCACCAGUUUACGUUCGACCUGGACCAGUAGCUGUAAAUUACAAUAGACCAGUGGCUGCAUAUCCACGUGAAGAAUUUUUGGUAGAACCUCGUCGUGUUGUUGAGAGAGUUUAUUAA